CUCCACCCAAGAAGAGCUAGCUGCAAAUUAGAUGCCCAACCGAACCACAACCACAACCGGAUUCCUUGGCCUCUGAACUCUAAUGACCUCACCUAAUGCGUCGCCGCUCAUGGGCAGUGCAGGUCAACAUCCGCAAGUCCAAAGCGAGCACACAGAACCGUCAAAAGCGGGGUCGUCCAGCGAGGCCGCCGCAGUUCGGUUUCCAAGCUUUCCCAAAGCCUUCAGUACUACCCAACUAACAACGAGACUUUGCGUUUGUUCCGUCCUGCCGCCACCCACGGCAAAAAAAAAACGAAGAAAAAAGAAAAGAAAAGGAAGCCACGGCCGUACGCGGAAAUUACUAGAAAACUUCGCCAUGCCAGUUUUCUACUCUCGCCCGGGGGCGAGAGGCCUCCUUUCGUGGACAACGCACAGGGCUAACCCCAUUGUCUAGUGGUAACUUGACCGACUCAUCAAUCACUUGGCACGGCCAGACGAUCCGGCGUCCAUAAAACCCAGCACCCAGACCCGGCUCCGCGCCCAUGCCCAUUGUUCUCGUUCACCUCCUCCACCGUCGUCCAGCACAGACAACCAACCAGCCGCCUGAACCAGCCCUCCCUGCAUUUCGAGCGAGAGAAGAAUUCGAGCACUGAGCACCGGGUCGGUCGGCGGCCGGCCAUGGCGACCUACGACAAGGCCAUCGAGUCGUACAAGAAGGCGGUGACCACGGCGGCGUCGGUGGCGGCGUCGGCGAUGCUGGUGCGCGGCGUGGUGAACGAGCUGCUGCCGUACGAGGUGCGGGACCUGCUCACCUCCGGGCUGGGCUACCUGCGGUCGCGCAUGUCGUCGCAGCACACGGUGGUGAUCGAGGAGACCGAGGGCUGGGCCGCCAACCAGCUCUACGAUGCCGCGCGCGCGUACCUCGCCACGCGGAUCAACACCGACAUGCAGCGCCUCCGCGUCAGCCGCGUCGACGAGGGCAAGAGCCUCAUGUUCAGCAUGGAGGAGGGCGAGGAGAUGGCCGACCUCCACGACGGCGCCGAGUUCAGGUGGCGCCUCGUCUGCCGGGACAACCCGGGCGCCGGCGCCGGCAACGGCAACGGCGGCCGCGGCGGGAACGGCAGCUACCGCCUCGAGGUGCGCUCCUUCGAGAUGAGCUUCCACAAGAAGCACAAGGAGAAGGCCAUCACCUCCUACCUCCCGCACAUCCUCGCCACCGCAAAGAAGAUCAAGGAGCAGGACAGGACGCUCAAGAUCUACAUGAACGAGGGCGAGUCCUGGUUCGCCAUCGACCUCCACCACCCGUCCACCUUCAGCACGCUCGCCAUGGACCACAAGAUGAAGCAGUCUGUCAUGGAUGAUCUUGAGAGGUUUGUCAAGAGGAAGGAGUACUACAAGAGGAUUGGCAAGGCGUGGAAACGGGGGUACCUCCUGUAUGGCCCGCCUGGGACUGGCAAGUCCAGCCUGAUUGCAGCCAUGGCCAACUACCUCAAGUUUGAUGUCUAUGAUCUCGAGCUGACUGAGGUGAACUGGAACUCAACACUUCGACGACUGCUCAUCGGGAUGACCAACCGGUCAAUCCUUGUCAUCGAGGACAUUGACUGCUCUGUCGAUCUGCAACAGCGGGACGAAGGUCAGGAUGGUACCAAAUCCAAUCCUUCAGAGGACAAGGUGACACUAUCUGGGCUACUCAACUUCGUCGAUGGCCUCUGGUCAACAAGUGGGGAGGAGAGAAUCAUUAUCUUCACGACAAACUACAAGGAGCGGCUCGAUCCGGCGCUUCUUCGCCCAGGCAGGAUGGACAUGCACAUCCACAUGGGAUACUGCUGCCCAGAGUCAUUCAGAAUCCUGGCCUCCAACUACCACUCCAUCAGUGACCAUGACACGUACCCUGAGAUAGAAGAGUUGAUCAAGGAGGUAAUGGUGACUCCAGCAGAGGUCGCAGAAGUGCUUAUGAGGAACGACGACACUGACAUCGCACUCGAGGGCCUUAUCCAGUUCCUCAAGGGAAAGAAGAGCGAUGCCAAGGAUAGCAAAGGUGAGAAUGUGGACCAUGUGGCCAAAGAGGAUGCGAAAGAGAUGACGACGAAACAAGACGCCUCAGGCGAUCAAAAUCUGAACGAUGCAGGCAAAGAAUGAUGCCCUAGUAGUGUGCAUAUCAUCUGUUAGUACUGGAAAAAUCAGCCAAAAAUGUACUGUUUUGGUAUCAAUAAGAGAUCAUUUUUGGAACUA